AUGGCGCUUCUCACCCACUUCCUGGCCUGCAUCUUUGGGACCGGUUCUUGGAUGGCCAUCAACGGCGUCUGGGUAGAACUCCCCCUGCUGGUGAAUCAGCUCCCCGAAGGCUGGUACCUCCCAUCCUACCUGAUCAUCAUCAUCCAGCUGGCCAACGUCGGGCCGCUCUUCGUCACCCUGAUGCACAAAUGGAAGCCCCACCUGCUGGGCGAGGUGCCCGUCAUCUGCGCCGUGGUCUCCAUGGGAACUGUGGCCUGCUUCCUGUUGGCCUUCUUGUGGGACCGCACCACGUUUGUGGCCGGAAACCGACACAGCACGGCAUUCUUGGUCCUCACCUUUGUCCUGUCCCUGGUGGACUGUACCUCUUCCGUCACUUUCCUGCCUUUCAUGGUGCGCCUCCACCCUCGAUACGUCCCCACUUUUUUCAUCGGCGAAGGCCUGAGCGGGCUGAUCCCUGCCCUCUUUGCUUUGGCCCAGGGCUCGGGAGUUUCUAGCUGCGUCAACGUAACAAUGCCACAGAACGACACAGCCGCCGCCAAAGAGACUCUCAGCAACGUGACCGCAGCAGACGUUGACUUCCACAUGACAACCCAAUAUUCCCCUGCCAACUUCUCCAGCCUCGUCUUCUUCAUUGUCCUGUCCGCCAUGAUGUUUUCCUGCCUCGUGGCCUUCUUCUUCCUCAACCGGCUCCCCAAGGUGUGGGAACUCUCCGAGCAGAACCUCUGCACCAGCAACGUCACCCUCAACUCGGUCCAGAAAAUCCCCGUGGACAGACAAGGAUCCAUGGACUCCGCCAAAAGUGUGGACAAUGCAGAUCCGGAGAAGAUCACCUAUUCCUGGGCCAAGUUUGCCUUCGUCUAUUUCCUCGUCGCCUGGGCGAAUGCACUGACCAAUGGCAUCUUGCCCUCGGUGCAAAGCUACUCCUGUUUGCCAUACAGCAACAUGGCUUACCACCUAGCGGCAACGCUGAGCUCCGUGGCCAAUCCUCUUGCGUGCACCAUUGCUACCUUUCUGCCUAGCAGGUCUCUCCCCAUCCUGGGGACCGUAGCACUGACCGGGACUGCGUUUGGAGCCUACAACAUGGCGAUGGCGGCCAUGAGCCCGUGUCCGUUGCUCCAGCGCUCAGAGUGGGGGGACGCCAUCAUUGUCGUCUGCUGGAUUCUCUUCACCGGGACCCUCAGCUAUGUCAAAGUCAUGACCGGGAUGAUCCUCCGGAGCCACAGCCACAGCGCCCUUGUGUGGUACGGAGCGGUGGAGCAGCUGGGGUCGCUGCUGGGAGCCGUGGUCAUGUUCCCCCUCGUCAACGUCUACAGCCUAUUCAGGUCCGCUGAUUUCUGCAACUUUCGGUGCCCGGCAUGA